AUGCCCUUCUCACGCUCGUUAACCGUCAUCGGAUGCCAUUGCGAAGGAGAAGUUGGGGAUGUCAUCACCGGCGGAGUCCUCGACGUCCCUGGGAAGACUAUGUUCGAGAAGUUACAGUAUAUGUCAACUCAGAAAGACGAUUUGAGACAGCUUCUCCUCAACGAGCCCCGAGGUCGCGCAUCAAUCAACACGAAUCUAGUCCUUCCGCCAUGCGAUCCAAGUGCCGAUGCGGGGUUCUUGAUCAUGGAAAGCGAAGAGUACCCCCCGAUGUCCGGAUCGAACACCAUCUGUACCGCGACAGUCCUGUUAGAAACAGGAAUGGUCCCUAUGAAAGAGCCUGUGACCCAUCUGGCGUUGGACACGGCCGCUGGGCUUAUCAAAGUCACUGCAGAAUGCGAGGCAGGCAAAUGCAAGAGCGUGGAGUUCGAUAAUAUUGCCUCUUUCGUAUUUGAGCUUGAUUUCAAAGUCAAAGUCCGCGGGUUGGGCGAGGUGUCUGUUGAUAUCGCUUACGGAGGUAUGAUGUACGUGGUUACCGAUGCGACAGCAUUAGGGUUAAGGGUCGACAACCAGGACGCCACCCGAUUAAUCGACAUCGGGGAGCGGAUCAAGCGUGCUGUAGAGGCAGUAUACACUCCAGUGCACCCAGAAAACCCCGGCAUCAAAGGGUUCAGUGUCAUCGUGUUCACUGAGCCGUUACGCGUCGAGGGCGGGUGCAAAGUUGCUUCGAAUGCCACGGUCGUCCCCCGGGGCGAUUCGAUCGGAGUCCAUGUGGCUCUGGGACAUCCGCUCGCCUCGCGGUCCUUCAUGCAAGAGGGCAAAUCACGGGAGGGGAGACCUUCAAGCAUCGGAGUAUUCUGGGCACUGAAUUUAUCUGCCGGAUUCGAGGAACGGCGACCGUCGGCAAAUAUCCAGCUGUUCUGCCUACAAUCAAAGGCCGCGCGUGGAUUACGAGCUUUAAAACUGUCGUUCUGGAUUCUUCGGAUCCCUUCCCAGAGGGCUUUCGCGUGGGGGAUCAAUGAGCCAAAAUGGAUUGAUACAUUCCAGACCAACGUCCAAGUCCAAUUGCAGGCGAAUUUCCUCUAUCCGUCAGAACAUGGUGCUUUUCCAAUAAUAGCACAUGCCCCGCACCCCCGGAUAUCGAUCGACGGGGAAAUCCGGGGUACAUAA